AUGGGCACCGACGUGGAGCCCCCGGCCGGCCCACACCUACUGUCGCUGGCCGACGUGGGCGCGCUCGGCUUUGACUGCGCGCUCAAGCCGGCGCCGGCGCUCGCCACCAGCGGCGCGCCGCCCGACCUCAACACACCCGUCUCCACAUCCGACCUGCCAGCGUUCUUCCCGAGCCUCUUGGAACCGCCGCCUAUCUCAGGUACAUUAACAGGCGAUGAGCUAUCGCUGGGCUGCUCUCCACGGCGGCACAAGCACGAGGCGUCUCUGUCACCUGGUGCGCGCGCAGAGGACGCGAGCAAUGCGUCCAGCGCGAGCGCCUCCCUUUAUGGGCCACCGGCCACAAAGCGUGCACCGUCACCACCGCUGCAGUGGCUACUUCCACCCGGCCCUGGCCCCGGUGUUGACAAGUACUUCCAGCAUGAAUACGAGGAGCGUGUGGACCUACUUCCGCCAGAAUGUCAGCCCUCUUACUGUGCGCCACCACAGGCCUGUCCACAGCCUCAGCACUGCGAGUACCGACCCCCGCCACAACAGCAGCAGCAACCCCAGCAUUCCUGGGACACCCAGGAGUACGCCGCAGCCCCUCAGCCCGCUCCGGGACCAUCAGGUCUAACAAAGCGUGAACCGUACCCCAGCCCGGUCGGCGACCGGCCCGUACAACUCGCCGAGUACAACCCGUCCACGAGUAAAGGUCACGAGAUCCUCUCGCAGGUGUACCAGCAGAGCGCCCAACCGCUCCGCCUUGUGGCCGUAAAGCCGCGCAAGUAUCCCAAUAGACCAAGCAAAACGCCUGUUCACGAACGGCCGUACGCGUGUCCUGUGGAUGGCUGCGACAGGCGCUUCUCGCGCUCGGACGAACUCACGAGGCACAUUCGUAUCCACACAGGCCAGAAGCCGUUCCAGUGUCGCAUCUGCAUGCGCUCAUUUAGUCGCUCGGACCAUCUAACGACUCACGUGCGCACGCACACCGGAGAGAAACCGUUCGCGUGCGACGUAUGCGGGCGGAAGUUCGCGCGCUCGGACGAGAAGAAGCGGCACGCAAAGGUGCACCUGAAGCAGCGUCUGAAGCGCGAGCGAGGCGGCCCGGCACCGCAUGAGCCGCUCUAG